AUGACAUCCCCAGCUUUCACGCUCCCCAGGUUCUACACCGCCUUUUUCCUUGUGAUAGAGCCCAUCGCGGCACUCGUCGGCGCAUUCUUUGCACACUUUCGACAGUUGGACUAUCUGCGAAUGACACAUGCUGCCUCUGCGCCUGCAAACGUCGGCACCAUACCCCUCUCAACCUCGGUUGUUCUCUCUCAACUGGCAAAUCUGUACCUCCUCUUCACGAUCAAUGAAGCUCUAGUCUUACGCUCGACAUCCAAUCUCAGAGUCUGGAGAACGGUCUUGUUCGGAUUGUUGGUGGCAGACUUCGGGCAUCUUUACAGCAUUAAAGAGUUGGGACACCAGGUAUACUGGAACGUGUUGAAGUGGAAUGCAAUGGAUUGGGGGAAUGUGGCGUUCGUGUAUGCCGGAGCUACAAUGAGAAUGAUGUUUCUGGCUGGGGUUGGACUGAAUACGGAGAGUGGGAGGAAGGCUGCUGAGCGGGCUGCGGCGAAGAAGGCCAAGUGA